CAGACAGAGGAGAGCGAUGUGUGAGGAGGAGGAGGAGGAGGAGGAAGAACAAGCUCGGCGUCUGUCCCGUUAGCAUCACCGCGUCCUUCCGUCUGUUCCGUCUAUGUUGUUUAAUCACAACAGGAAACUGAACCCGUCCACACCGGUGGCCUGCUGCGAUGGCCGAGGCGGACUCUCAGCACCAGGACCCUCAACACCAGGACCAGGACCAGGAGCAGCGGGAGCAGGUGGAACGCGUGGCGGGGAACCCGUCCGCUCUGCCUGGUCUGCAGAGCGCCGAGGCCACCGCUCUGCAGACCAGGAUCAAGACCUCCAUCUGCAAAUCUGUUCAAUCCCAAGUGGAAAACAUUCUGCAAGAUGUUGAGAAGUUCUCAGACAUCGAGAAACUCUACCUCUACCUAAAGUUGCCUUCUGGUCCCAGCAGCAGCUGCUGCUCCGAGAAAAGUGAGCAGAGCGCGCUGUCGUCCAGCCGCACUCAGCAGAUGCACGCGUUCAACUGGAUACGCAAUCAUUUAGAGGAAUAUCCAGAGACGUCUCUGCCCAAACAGGAAGUCUACGAUGAAUACAAGGGCUUCUGUGAUAAUCUCAACUAUCAUCCACUCAGCGCCGCUGACUUUGGGAAAAUGAUGAAAAACGUCUUCCCCAACAUGAAGGCGCGCCGACUCGGCAUGAGAGGGAAAUCUAAAUAUUGUUACAGUGGAUUAAGGAAGAGACCGUUUGUUCACAUGCCAGCGUUACCUUCUCUGGAUCUCCUGAAAAGUGCAGAAGGAUGUGAUGGAGUCCUGGAGUCUCCGGCUCAGCUGAGCAGCAUAAAGGAGGAGGUGCGGUUUGCAGCAUGUGACCUGGUGUGUGAGUGGGCUCAGAAGGUUCUGAAGCGCCACUUUGACUCUGUGGAAGAUCUCGCUCGCUUCCUCAUCGACAGCCAUUACAUCAGCAACAAGUCUCUGGCUGCUCUCACGAUUGUGACUGGAACAACAGAGGUGAAGACCCCACAGUCGGUCUCAGCGUUCAUUCCCACGGCUGAGGCUCAUUCCUUUCAGCCUCAGGUGUCGAACCUGUCGUCACCUUCUGUCGAUGCAAAGCAGCAGCUUCAGAGAAAGAUCCAGAGGAAGCAGCAGCAGCAAGAACAGAAGCUGCACUCUCCUUCACCAGGAGAGGAGCAAAGCAAGAGGGAUGACGACAGUAGCCCCGCCCCUCACUCACCACCUCCGUCCAUAGGCAUCGCGGUCGCUGCUGUACCGAGUCCCAUCAUGGAACACAGAAGCAGACAGCUGCUGUCCCAGAGUCCUCUGACCACAGUGGAGAGCAAAGUGCUGCCCGUGAACUUCCAGAUGGUGACACAGUCAGUUCAGCCGGUGAAGCAGAGUCCAAGAACCCUGCAGAACAUUCUGCCCACUUCAGCUCGCCAGCGUUACGCUCAGAUUCUGCCCAAACCUUUGAGCACAACUGCCAUCGCUCUGCACUCUCCCUCUGCCAUGAUCAUCGCCAACAGCCCCAUCAACACUGUGAUGACCACGUGUCACGUCAGCCCGCUCAGUUUGGUCAAGAUGACGACCAUUUCUCUGGCCCCCAGCAGCAGCAUCAGCAGCAGCAGCAGCAGCAGCAGCAGCAGCAGCAGCAGCCGCAGCAGCAGCAUCAGCAGCAGCAGUACACCCCUGACUAACAGCACUCUGCGCUCGGCCUCUGCAGGUAUCAGCAGUUCUGCAGCUGCAGAGGACGAGGGCUCCAGUCUAAACAUAAGGAGUAGUUCUGCAGUCCCCAGUUCAGCAGCAGCAGCAGUCAGCAGCAGUCGUCACAGCGUGGAUGUUGAGAUGGAAGUGGAAGCGAUUCAUGAAAACAGUCAAAUACAAAAUCCCAGCCGUCUCAUUUUGACUGAAGGACAAACAACGAGUAGAUGUGGAGCUGCUGCACAGAGAGCGGCCAGUGUUCCCAUCCCUCACAGCAGAGGCUUUUUAGGUCUGGAGGAAAUAUCUGUUUGUAAACACACAGCAGCUGUUAACAGCAAUAAUAACACUCUGCACCCGACUGCCUCCCCUCAAAACACCAGCACCAGUGGAGACAACAGUAACGCUGCAUCAGCAAAGCAAGGGUUCUUAUCCAUUAAGAGCCUCAGGAAACGCUCGGGUCUCAGUCCAGAUCUUUCACCGGUCAAAAGGGUUUUCAUGCCCCAGCAGACAGCAGGGGGCGCUGCUGGUCUUGGAUAUGGCGUCAGAAAGACGGCGGGUUACGUCUCAAAGGCAGGAGGUCCAGUUCGACCUGAAAGUGCACCAGCGAGCAGGGAGGUGGAAGCCUGGACCGCUCACACACUCUGCACCUCCUCUUUCAGAAGCAGUGGAUUUUACUCUGUUGCCAAAACACAGAAUUCCAUCCUGAGAAAAAACACCGCCACUGUUGUGGAAACUAGCAGCUCCGUCAGUCACGUGUUACCACGGCAACAGCAGGAACCUGACAACCCCGGCCUCCACAAACAUCCAGGAGACUCAGCCACAGGAAACCUGGACGCAGCUCAGAGCUACACUCAGUUCAGCGCUGCUGCUGAUGCUGAUGCUGCUGCCGCUGCUGCUGCUGAUGCUACGGAUGCUGCUGCUGCUGAUGAUGAUGAGCCCUUAGAGUUUCUGAGUCAGGCUUCAUCGUGCAGUCAAAUGCCUCUGCAGACAGACAUGGAUUACUUCCACUUUGACGAUGACGUCACUCAGGACAGCAUCGUGGAGGAGCUGGUGCAGAUGGAGGAGCAGAUGAAACUGAACAGACUGCGGGAGUUUGGUGUCUCUGUGCCGGACAACAUCAUGUCCACUAACCAGUCCACGGCAGCUUUCUAUCAUCCUGCAAACAGCAGCUGUAACCUCAUCCAAACUCCCACGCCCACGUCAGAGAUGAUGGGAGGAGCUCCGGGCCUCAGCGGGGAGAGUCCUUGCUCCCGCAUGGCCUCCACCACUCCUGUGGACAGCGCACUGGGCAGCAGUCGUCACACUCCGGUCGGGACUCCGCUGUCGGGCUGCAGCAGCACGGUGCCUCCCAGUCCCGUGGAGUGCAGGAAUCCGUUCGCAUUCACACCCAUCAACUCCAGCAUCACUGGUUUCCAUGACGACAGCACCGUCUCCAGCAGCCCCGUCAAACCCAUGCAGAGGCCGAUGGCGACGCACCCUGACAAGACCAGACUGGAGUGGAUGAAUAACAGCUACAGCAGCAGCAGCAGCAGCAGCAGCAGCAGCGGGAACUUAACCAGGUCCAGCAGUGGGAUGGGAAUCCUGCCCAGUUAUCAGAGUCUGACUGACAACCACUUUCAAAAACCUCACGCUUUCGCCGUCCCUCACGUGCGACACCAUGACGGCAGCUUUGGUCGCUUGACUCCGGUGUCGCCUGUCGCUAACAUGACUAAGCAGGAAGGCUUCGCUGUGCCCGCUCCUCUGGAUAAUAAAGCGAUAAACAACGCGUCUGCUGCACAUUUCCGAUGUCGCAGUGUGAGUCCCGCCGUGCAUCAGAGGAACUUCUGUGGAAACUCUGUGAACUCUGCACUCAGUGGCCUCCGCUCAGCCGCGUCUCCCUUCAACACUCCUGUCACUCCUGAGCUGUUCAACAUGAGCAGCAUGGCCCAGCGCAGCCGCUCUGUGCCGCUCAACGUCAUGAUGCAGACGGAGGUGCUGCCCGCGCCGGGUCAGCAGUGCAGCAGCAACAUCAGCAGCGUCCUGCUGAACAAGCUGGACGGCGACCAUGACGACGCUUUACGAGGUCUGGCCGUCGGGAAUUUAUCCUCCAGCUACAACGCACGUAUGAACCUCACUCAGAUUCUGGAGUCUGACCCCAGCCACCUUCUGAUGACCUCUGACCCCACCAGGACCUGCAAGUUACUGAUGGAAAAUGCAUUUCACGAACAAAUGAUUCUCUCAUCGAGUGACGAGGAGCAGCUGCAGGCACAGUCCAUGCUCUUACGUCUCAACCAUCAUCAGCAGCAGCGAGAGCAGCAGCAGCAGCAUCAUCAGGAGCUGCAGCCGCAACAGCAUCACCAGGAGCUGCAGCAACACCAGGAGCUGCAGCAGCACCAGCAUCAGCAUCAUCAGGAGCUGCAGCAGCUGCAACAGCAGCAGCUGGAUUUCAGCAGCACGGUCAAAGACCUGCUGACAGACCACAGCCUCUCAGGUGGGCGUGGCCUGGUUGAGCAGGUGUCGGAGCUGACGGCAGGUGGAGCAGAUUUCCUCUCUGCAAAUAUCAAUGAUCUGAAUUCACUGGACACAAACCUGCUGUUUGAUCCGAGCCAGCAGCAGCAGCAGCAGCAGCAGCAGCAGCAGCAGCAGAGCCAGUAUCCACAGUCCGGUCCUGAGGAGCUGUUUGAGCAGAUCACAGGUGAGACGCCACAUCCAAGUGGACUGGACUGGUUCGAGAGCAAAGACCAGACCAGUGUUGGACUGAUGGGCUGAGGACAGAGCUCUGUGUGUUCAGGCGUUUACAUUUUAUAAAGUUUAACCCCCAAGAGUUUGACCCAAGUGCAUUUCCUCGUGGUAAAGAGAGGAAACGGAAUCGUCCCAGAACUCUUUUAGUGUUCUGCCAUUAUUAAUGUCUUUGUAUGAACAAUAAUGAAAUCAAUGACUCCGUCUCUUACAGCAAUAAUCAUUUCUAUCAUUUGAAAUCUGAGGCUUUAUAGAAACAUCGUCCUCGUCCUAGGAGCUUUAGGUGCUGGACUGUUUCCAGGACAAUCUUAUUUCAUGUAAAUGCAUUUAAAAUCAUUGAUGAUAUGUAGAUCAGUGUGUUGGUGAAUUAAAAAUCAAUGUUUUAUCUAAUCACAAACAUAAUAGUGGGACAUGUGAAUGAUUAUGUGAUGGAACAGCUAUUACACUUCCAGCUUGUACCUUUAAGAGACAAGUUACUGCCUUAUUUUUACUAAAGUUAAGAAAAACAUUCUGAUUUAAUCAUCACCAUAAAGUUCAAACGAAUCCCUUUAAUCUAUUAUGCAAAAUCUGCUUCUGUGGAUUGUUGAAUCCAAAGAGAUCGUAUCAUAGCAACACACACACACACACACACACGCCCGUGUGCAGUGUGGUACACAGACGAUCAACUCUCUUCUAAAAACAUCUGUGCAAAUAUUUACAUCUCUGAAGCUCGCAGUGUCAGGGUGAGGGUCAGGGUGAGAGGUCAGGGUGAGAGAUCAGGGUGAGAGGUCAGGGUGAGGGUCAAGGUGAGAGAUCAGGGUGAGAGAUCAGGAUGUGGGUCAGGGUGAGAGGUCAGGGUCAGUGUGAGACUAAAGCUCUUUCAGGUUCCUGCUCUGGUGAAAAAUAAGUUUGAAGGUUUUUAUCUGGAAUGAAGAAGAAAUCAAAGUGCACUGACUUUCUUUUUGGUUUGGAUGAAUGUGUCACUGCCUGUGUCAGAGUUACUGAUCAAAGAGAGAAAAAGAGUUUAACGAAAGAACCACGGACUUCCAAAGGUUUACGUCCAAACCAAAGACUUUUAAAUCAUCUUCAUCAUCUGAAAUAACUGCACUAACAUCUUAGGUGUCUACAGUGAAGACAUUGGUAAUAUUUGGAAAACAUUUGUUUUUUAACAGAAAACUGUGUGUGUGUGUGUGUGUGUGUUGUUGGUCACACUAACUUUAUUUCUUGUACAGAUUGUCUGUGUGUGUUUUUGUGUCAUGGUUAUUUAUUUAGAACCUGUUGUUUGUACAGAACCUUUCAAAUGUCCACUUUCCUCCUACAGACUGAAAACAUUUUACCUGCAGGUAUCUGUUGUCUCGUCUUCAUCCUUUCAUGUUUUGAGUUGUGUAAUUGUUCUGUAGGAGGAAACUGUCUAACGAUGUGACUUGCACUGUUGUGUUUCAAGUGUCCUAACAUAUAAUAGAAUGACUCUGUGUUGCAAACACAUGUAGCUUGAGCUUGUUGUCGCAAACAUUGUAUUUAUAGUUUUUAUUAUUUAUGUCCAUAUAUGCUGAGCCAGCUGUUUUUGUUUAGGCUAACAAAUCCUUUUACUUACUGUCGGAAAUGUAUCCUUUUAAAAAGCUUUGCACAAAGAUUAAUGAUGAAAUAACGAUGAGCCGUGACGUAUAAUAAUAAUAUGAAUCUCACAGAUUA